AUGGCGCGCUUGUGCGAUUGCCCUCUGCGGCUGGAGAAGAGCUUCAUCUUGGACGGGGUGGCCGUGAGCACCAUGGCCCGCGCGUAUGAGCGCGUGAGGCCCAAGCUCUGGUCGGCGAUUCCGCCCUACAACGCGCAGCAGGACUACCACGCCCGCCGCUACUUCCAGAGCCGCGUGGUUCCGCCCGUUUUGCGGAAAACUCAUCAGGAUCAUGGCGGUACAGGAAGGGACGGCUGGAUAGUGGACUAUUUCCACGUCUUCGGGCAAGGACAGAGAUACCUCAACAGGAGAAACUGGGCAGGGGCAGGGCAUUCCCUCCAGCAGGUGACCGGGCAUGACCACUACAAUGCUGAUCUGAAAACUAUCAAGGGGUUCAAUGGUCGGUUUGGCUAUCGCCGGAACACCCCAGCCCUCCGCCAGCACCCAUCUGUCUUUGGAGAGGUCACUCCGUUCCCUCUCUUCUAAAAACAUCUCUUCCCUUCACAGUUCUCCACCUGAAUAUCUAAGACAGAUGUUUAGAUGAACUCUCAAUGUUAUUUUAUAUAAAACUGUUUUUAUUUGUGCCUCUAAG